GUCAUUUUUACCUGAAGUAUUUAUUGUCAUAAAAGUUAAUUGUAUCUUAAAAUCUGUCAUUUUUCCUUUACCUUAGGCCAAAUUAAAGUUCCAUAUCCAGAAUCCUAGUGCAGCUGAACUGGUUCAUUUUCUCUUUACCCCACUACAUAUGGUGGUACAGACAACAGGAGGUCCAGAACUUGCCAGUACAGUACUAAGUCCCCUCCUAACAAAAGAUACCAUAGACUUCCUACAGUAUACUGUCACCAGCGAGGAAGGGCAGUUAUGGAUGUCAUUGGGUGACACAUGGACGAAAGCCAGAGCGGACUGGCCCAAAGACCAGUUCAUUCCACCUUAUGUUCCCCGUUUCCGAAAUGGUUGGGAACCUCCUUUGCUGAACUUCAUGGGAGCUCCAAAUGAACAAGAACUCAAUAAUUUGGCUGAGUCUGUGGCAAACUUUGCAGAGCAACAGCGGAAGCAAGAAAUAAAAAGAUUAUCAACUGAGCCUCCCAGUGUUCCUGACUACCCUCCGGCCGAUGGGUACGCAUUCAGUAACACAGUGUACAAAAGAGGGCCUCUGCUGGACCAAGGGGCGGCUGUUGCUGCCUUUAAGCAAACUGUUAGCCGCCAUGUAGAUAGAAACUAUGAAGCACACAAUAAAACACAGUCCAAGAAAUAUGCCAAAUGCAAGUACGAAUUUAUGGCAAGAAACAACAGUGAGCUUUCUGUCCUGAAAGAAGAGAUUGUAGAGAUUCUGGAUGAUAGGAAGCAGUGGUGGAAGGUCCGAAAUAAAAGCGGCAACACAGGCUUUGUGCCAAACAACAUUCUGGACCCUCUGAGGAAUUAUGAAGGUGGUCUGGGAUUGCCAGAACCUGUGUACACCCGCACCAUCCAGAAACAAAGGACAGACUAUGUCGCUAAACAACCCGAUCCGGUUUCUGUUACUCCUUCACCUCCUCCAAUACCUGCUCCGGUUCCUGCAGCUGUCCCCCUGCCUCCAAGCACCCCAGCACCCAUCCCAGUUCCUGUGCCCAAGGCGCCAGCAACUGUCAGCCGCCAAAGCAGCACCUCUAGCGACAGCGGUGGUAGUGUUGCGCGAGACAGCCAGAAGCACAAACAAGUUCCUGUGGACCGCAGGAAAUCUCAGAUGGAGGAGGUGCAGGAUGAACUCGUUCACCGGCUCACCAUUGGCCGCAGCAAUGCCCAGAGGAAGUUCCAUGUGCCACGGCCAAACAUCCCAGUAGUGAACAUCACGUACGACUCCUCGCCUGAGGAUGUGAAAGCAUGGCUGCAGUCCAAAGGAUUCAACCCUGUGACUGUGAACAGCCUUGGUGUGCUGACCGGUGCUCAGCUUUUCUCCCUCAAUAAAGAGGAACUGAGGACUGUUUGCCCAGAAGGGUCUAGAGUCUACAGCCAAAUUACGGUACAGAAGUCUGCUUUGGAGGCUAACAGUGGCAGUUCAGAACUGCAAGAAAUUAUGAGAAGACGACAAGAAAAAAUCAGUGCAGCUGCAUCAGAUUCAGGUGUGGAGUCUUUUGAUGAAGGAAGCAGCCACUAAAAGUCUUUCCUCUUUUCUUUAGUUCCACUGACAAUAGCAUUAUACAGUCCAGCUUUGCUUUAGUGAAGGGGAAUGUCUUAUAAUUCUGUAAAAGUACAUAACUAGCCAUCAUAAAGAAAACUUACAGUAGUAUCUGCAGAAGUACUUGCUGCUGGCUUCUCAUCAUUAAAAAUGAAAAUGAGAAAUCCAAUGUAAGUUCCUGACAGGUGAAACUAUUGGCACUAGAGUCACUUAUACCCAAAGACAAGCCUUGGCUUUAUGGAAUUAACAUUUCAGUGACAGGUAAACUGGAAUGUAUUUUUAUUUUUGAUCCAUCCUAGGAGAGUUGAGCCAGGAAUAAAAAGCAUUUGAACUCUUUAGUAAUAAUAUAGUUCUGAAUUCCAUUGCCAGCUGUAGUUUGCAACUAUGUCUUUCUUACAGUGCAUUCAGCUACAGGAUGUUUAGCUGAUGCCAGCAAUCAAAGAAGUAAUCUUUAGGGUAUGAACAGCAGCCCAGCAUAGACUGAAUCUUUUGUUGCAUUGCUCCCAAGGUAUUUUAUUACUAAUGACGCUGUUUAUACCAAAAUAAUACUCUGUACUUUGAUUUUAUCAAUACUUCACUUGUGAUGAACAAUAAUAUUGCACAAGAAGGAAUUAGUAGAAAGUAGUAACACAACUCAGCUGAAAGAGGGGAUCAGAUCUGCUGUAGGUAGCCAUGAAACAAUUCUCAUUAUUUUUUUUUUAAUACACUUGCCUUUUUUGUUUGUAACUUAACCUGUCAGAGGAACAGUGUAUAACCUAGACUCUGCGUGUUGAUCCCAGACGUCAGUUUUUCCAUAUGUAAAAAGCUGUUGUUCCUUUUUGAAUGUAAUCUUUUGGAAAAUUGGAUUCCUGGAGGCAAGAAGGAGAGAAAAGGAAGCGUCCCUUCCAGCAAAUAUUAUUUUUGAAGAUGCGAUGAUUUUUGUCACAAAAAUGUUCUGUUACUUCAAAUGGUGUUGUGAUUUUAUAUAUAAUAUAUGUAUUAUAUAUAAUAUAUAAUAUCACUUAAUUUAGACAAAUUUAAUCAUCUAGUUUGAUUAAGUUUCAUAGUGCCUUUUCCACAUGAAUCAGCUUGAAGUCUGCAAUAAACAGUAUUUCUUGUCUGUUAAAUAGUUGUAUCUUUGUGGCUACAAAGAUGGUAUUGAAAUAAGAAAGUGUUCUUGAUUUUUGCCAUUAGUUUGCUUUUCCUCUGUGUACAAGGAAAAAAAAA